AUGAGUUCACAAAUUAAUGAUUUAUUGAAGAAUGAAACUAUCUACUAUCGUAAAUCCCACCUUCUCAAGAAACCACACAAUCAAUACAACAAACUAUUCAGAAGGACUGUUAUUUAAGACAGUCUCAACCAGCCCUCACAUCCAAUCAAUAGUUUAAUAAGGAAUGAAGAAGUUUUUGCUCCUUAUUUCAAAGAGAGAAAUUCUCUUGGGAAAUUGCUCAAUAAACCAUGUUAUUAAUCAAAUAGAGAAAUAAAAAAUAAGUAGUUAGUUAAGCCUUCAUUAAAGAUUCCCACAAAUUAGAAGAUUUGUGCAUACCUUCAUAUUGAUCCUCCGAACACUAAUAGAUCUCAAGGACAGAAGACUAAAACUCAAUCAACCACCGACUCAUUUUACUCUUUCUUUACACUGCACAAAUACAACUCUAACUUCCUAUUAAAGCAUAAAUUUAGUGAACCAUUAAGUCAAUGA